CAUGUUGUGUGUGUGUGUGUCUGUACUCUCGAUGCGAGGGUGACGUUGACCGCCCGUCGAGGACCCGUCAGAUACCUUCAUCCUGAGACCAAAAUGUCAGCCAUUCCACCACCAGUGGAACAGCAGCAGCAGCCCAAUGAAGCCAGCUGCCUGGUCAACUGCCAGAUAGAAGGGGCAGUAGCAGCAGUAGAAACACCAAGAGAAGAGAACAGGAGUCCAUUGGAAGAGAACAGGAGUCCAAUGGAAAUUACCACACAAGAUCUUAACUUUGAUCUACAGAUGGUCCUGGAUGGGUUCACACAGUGUAAAGGAGAAGAUGGACAGCUCUACCUGGAUGGAUACCUGCGUGCUUAUAGUGAAGUGAACAAAUUCUUGAAGAUCCUGGGAACAGUUUUCAACUUUGUGUCUCACGAUAUUCAGAAAAAGGUAACAAUUCUUCAGUGUUAUUGCAAAGGUGGAGCAGGAGACUACUACUACUCAAUUCAGUCCAUGAUUGAAUACGAAAGAGAAAACAACAUCCUGACGAGCAGCGACCAACAGUCUGGGUCGAGAACUUUAUUGCGACUCCACAGAGGACUUGAGUUCAUUGCUGGUUUUUUUUCUGAAAUUCACAAAGCCUCAGAUGAGAGUGGAUUGGGUAGCACAGCCUCCGAGUUGUACGGGCGCACGCUGGCCAAAUACCAUAACUGGGUUCUGGCCAAAACGGCAAGUGCUCUUCUCUUUAUGAUGCCAAAUAAGCAAACCAUAAUUGAACGGGUCGUACUCGGAAGUAAGCCGAUUACUGGCGGCAACACAACAAUUCGUGCACAUAAUGAAGCCCUCAUGCCCAAAGUGAUUGAAGCCAUGAAUUCUGUAUACAACUUGACCCAAAAACUUUACGAAGACUAUGGACUGCUGGACUUACCUUGAAGUGCUACAAAUACAAGAAUAUAGUUUUGGUUAAGUGUGGAUUAGAUUUGGUACUGACCUCUGCAUUACUGAACUACAGUAGCUAAAAUUGGAAUGUAAAGUUGCAGACAAUUAGAUAAAUUCAUGUUUAUGAUCUGUUUAAUGUAAUUGCAUAAAUUAUAGAAUAUUGUACUAAUUUCUCUUGGCAGAGUAUAAUACGUGCAUUCCAUGUGAACUAAACGCUUUACUGUACUGUAUUUUAAAGUUGAGAUGUCAUUAUCUGUUAUGUAUGCUGUGUGUAAAGGUAAGGUGUUCAUGUUUUAAUGAAAUAAUGUGAUAGUGACUAUAAGUGAAUACAGCUUUACAUAUCAAAUUAUUCCAAUGGCCAAGUAGGUAUAGAACCACACAACCAAAAUCCUGAUUGUUAUACAAGUAUAGCAUUAUUUUCUCGAGAUAGUUUUAUAUAUUUAGUACUCACGCGUACUUUAGUUUCCCGUCCUGUUGGUUACAUGAUGUAGGUGUAGGCCGAGGGGACUGACUGGCCAGCAUGUAGGUAGUGUGUCUUUGUCUCUCGUGCUCAUAAUUGAUGCUGGGUGCUCUAGGAAAGCUCCGACCUUGAGGAUGCAAAUGGCCACAUUCCUUUCAGCAGGAUGUCACAGGUGCAAUUAAAUUUGCAAGGUCACUUCCAUCCUGCCUUAGCUCAUGGAGGUUGCAAUCAUUGAAACAGAUAAUCAAAAUUUC